AUGCAGGAUCAGGGCAGACGCAAACCCCCAAUAGAACGAGUCCUCAAAUCACCACUCCUCUUCGCAGCUCUCACCACAUUCCUCUCGGCGCUCUACUACUGGCCUCGUCGCUGGGUAUUGUCCGGCGCUCCACUGCUGCAGUUCUUCGUCCUUCUCGGCGACUCAAAUGGUUAUCGCGUGCUACCAUCUAUUGCACUCUGGCCGAUCUUCUCGACUUUCAAUCUCGGGUAUUCGAUAUGCUCGACUUCCUGGCUACUUUAUGGGAUCUUUACGGCGGUUUGUUACCCAACCAUCGUCUUGAUAUGUCUCUUUCAAUUUGAAGUCGUGGGAAAUAUCGCGAGGAGGGCGCUGAGAGCACUGUUGAAGCAGUUACAUUUCAUUGAUGAUAAAAUUGCAUUCUUCAAUAUCCCAGCUUUGGAAAUCGAUACAGAUGUUGACGGGCUUCUGGUCUUGAGAGGUGUCACGUUCUCGCUCAGCAAUCUAAGUUUUGUUGUUCAUGGCGUGGAAGUCGGGAUCAAGUUGAGUGAUGAUAUGGAAUUGGCGAUACAAUCGGACGAGGUUACAGUUCGCUUGUUUAGAGGUAUUGAUAUUGGGGACUGUUAUGCGAACCUGAAGGGUGGAGAGUUCGAGAUGACUUUUGGUGGCUUGGAGGGGAACAGUAAGGAUUCUCAUGGCGACGCGGUAUUUGUCGAGGGGACGCCUCUGUUGAAUGCGGCUUCGAAGGACGGGGAUCGGAGGAGUAUUGAUGGGUUGAGUGAGAAGGAUGUGCCAUUGAAGGAGGUCAAAAUGGCUGAAGUCAUGACUGAUGGGAAAGUGCCGGCUGCUGUGUCGCCAGAGACUGGACUAAAGUCCAUGAAGAGGUUGUCACCAGACAAUGAAGCAGCAAGCGGACGAUACUUCCAAAUGUUGAACUUCAUCAAAGAUACUAGCGCUAUACACGAAGCUCGAGAGCACGUCAGAAGUCUCACUGAACAGACAGUCGAUGUCGAGCGUACCUUCGACCUUUCAGACGACAAUGCCAUCCGUGCAGCAGUCUGUUCCCAAGUUCACUCCAAGCCUUCGGUACCACACCCUCCUCAGAAGUCUAUCAGGGUCUCAACGAUCAAGAGCUCUUCCCCUCCAUACGUCAAGCGAUUCCUCCACCGUCUUCCAAUGCUCUUACGCCUCCUCCUCAAUCCACUAAGCUAUUUCCACCCGGUUAAGGUCACCGCCAUAACAACAACUGCUUCAGGACGCUGGAUCGACAGCAUCCUCGUGCAGAAAAUAUUCAAAGAAUACGCCGAGCAAAACUCCGAAAUCAGACAUCUCCAGCAAUCCAUCUCAUCCUGGUUAUCGGACGCCAAUUUCGCAGUCGAGCUUGGUGGCAUCACUGGCAUCGCACACGUCCCAUUCAUCUCAACCUACGAUAUAAACUGCCAUCUCAUGUUCAACGACGUGAUGGCCUACCGUGCUCUUCCCACGCAGGUAGAACUCAAACAAGUCGUCCGUCUUGGCGGUGCGGAUGCCCGUUUUGUGGUCCCAUCUUUUCUCCUCCCGCACCAUGAACACUUGCUACCUCCACCACCUUCUCAAAAUAGAAGAAAGAAUCAUGAGCUCGAACAGAGCGUCGAGUCGGCGGAUGGUAAACCUCAAGAGAUUAACGCACAACAUUCGCUUACUCAAUCCCUCUCCGACGAAACAAACGUCUCGAUAUCAGUCCACGCCCGACUACCGGCUUGCUUCGAUCAAGAACUCCUCGACUUCACAGCUGCACUGGUAAAAGCUACGAAAGUCGUGGAGAUGGAGAAGGAGAGUAGUGUAAUGAAUGACGAGGUUGCUGGAAUCAAAGAUUUCGGGAAAGCGUUGAAAGGGGGAUUGAAGGAGGGCAUGAAGAGAGCGGUUGUAGAUGGUGUAGUUAAUGAGCGCUGGAUUGCGAAGAUGGUAGGUAAGAUUACGAGGAAGCUGGAGACGGCAAGGGGUGAGGCGGGGUAUAGUGGGGAUAUUCCUGUGAAGUUGGAGAAGUAUAGGACGGGGUUGAUGGAAAGUGAGGGAGAGAAGUUGUUGCCGUGA